AUGACCAGGUCCUCGUGUGGUAAACUACUUGAUUUUGAUCUAGAAAUUGAAAGGACCUUCAGAGCUUUGAGAAUUCAAGAGAACAUUUCAGAGGACUCAGGAAGUUUUUUAUCAUCUUCAGAUACCCCCAUGGCUGAUCAUAGCAGGACAAUGAAGGAACUUGCAGCUCCUGAUGAAGCCUACAAGUAUUCUUGCAUUACUUAUCCAGACUUGGCAGGAGACUUCGAACUUAGAUCUGGAUUGAUUCAUUUGCUUCCAAAAUAUCAAGGAUUAUCUGGAGAAGACCCAAAUAGACAUUUGCAUGAAUUCCAUGUGGUAUGCUCAACCAUGAAGCCACAAGGAAUCUCAGAAGAAGAUAUCAAGCUGAGGGCUUUUCCAUUUUCAUUAACUGGAGUAGCAAAAGAUUGGCUGUAUUAUUUGCCACCAGGAUACAUUACUUCUUGGAUAGAUAUGAAGAAGGCUUUCUUGGAGAAAUUCUUUCCAGCUUCAAGGACUGCAAUUAUCAGGAAAAGUAUCUGUGGGAUUCAGCAAGUGGUGGGAGAGACAUUAUACGACUAUUGGGAGCGAUUCAAGAAAUUAUGUUCAUGUUGUCCUCAACACCAAAUCAGUGAGAAGCUACUAGUCCAAUACUUCUAUGAGGGUUUGCUACCUAUGGACAGAAGUAUGAUAGAUGCAGCAGCUGGAGGAGCUUUAGUGAACAAGACUCCAGAACAAGCUAGGGAGCUUAUUUCAAACAUGGCAGAAAAUUCACAACAAUUUGGAAGUAGAGCUUUGACAACAAGAGGGGUUGGAGAGGUUCAAAUGGUUUCCAAUGAACAAAAGGAGAUAAGAAGCUCAUUAUUGGAGUUAACAUCUUUGGUGAAGCAAUUGGCACUGAAUAAUGCUAAUCAAGCUUCCAUUUUGCCAAGUACACAGUUUCCAUAUCAAUCGAAGGGAGUUUGUGGCAUUUGUUCAAGCCAAGACCACAAUUCAGAAUUAUGUCCAAAUGUUCAUCAAGAUGAGUCAGUAGCAGCAUUUUCUAGAGCUCAGUUUCCUCAAAAAUAUGACCCCCACUCAUCUACUUAUAAUCCUGGUUGGAGAGAUCAUCCUAAUUUUAAGUAUAGCAACUCAUUCUAUCAACAACCAUUUUCAAAUCAGCAGUUCAGCCACACUUCCAGCAAUUUCCAGCAACCUCAGCAAAGUUUCCAGCAGCAAAAUCAGCCUUUCCAGCAAUAUUAUCAACCUGUAAAUCAAUUCCAGCAGCAAUUUCAGCCUUUUCAGCAGUUUCCAAAUCAAAAUCAGUAA